AAUUCUGUUAGUUACGAGUAUAUAUGGCAAGAUAUGACCUUCUUAUCCCAACAAAUGCUCAAAAUCGUAAGCGUAGCUUCUCCCUCUCUCGUUUUCCUCAAUCUGUAAACCCUAACCCUAAUUCCCUCUCUAUACCUCCAAUUUACAUCGACUUCAAUCCAUUUUAUCACUGAUACUCACCUAAUCAACUUGCUCUAGCGUCCGAUUCUUCCGUACGGUCAUCCUGAUCGCAAUUUUCCGUUCCUAUUAGUUGAAGAUUACUCCAGUUUAUUGCACAAUCGAAGAAGUUCCAAUUUUCAGGCUAAUUAGAGGAAUUUCUUCGUUUUGUGGUGUAUCAUCCGUCAUCGGAGCUUCUCGCGGCGGCGAUGUCACGUUUUCGGGGUUUCUGAAGAGUCGGUGUCGUCGGUGUUGAUGAUUUCUCCUUUUCUAUGAAGGAACAAAUUCUGGAUUCGAUCUGUGAGAUUGUAUCGAUUCAUUGAAUAUGUGCAUCAAUAUUCUCGGAUUGAUCUCAUUUUGAAGCCUCUGUGCUUAUUUGGAUUCAAUAUUCUCUGAUUGAUCUCCUUUUGAAGCUGGAUUUAGCUUCUAUCAAGGCGUUUAGAUUCAGAAUUCAGAAUUGAACUAUCACGGCUGCAGCAGCAGCGGUGUUCGAAGGAUUUCGCUGCAGAGAAGUAUACUAGGAGAGGAAUUGAAGGCGGCAAAGAGAUAAAGCUUUUAUUUUGUACUUUGUUAUAUUGAGUUUUGAAGUUCAAUUAGAGGCCUUUAAUUUUUUUUUGAAUUCGAAGGCCUCUUAAUACCCAUAGUUAGGGUUUUUCGUUGCCUUUUUGUGCGAUAAUAUUUUGUUUCUAUUGAUUGAUUUCUUUUUGAAGGAAAGAAAAGAGAUUUAAAAAAAUAAUGGCAGUUUAUUAUAAGUUUAAAAGUGCAAAAGAUUACGACUCAAUUUCCAUCGACGGUCAUUUCAUAUCGGUUGCCAAUUUAAAAGAAAGAAUUUUUGAAUCAAAGCAUUUGGGAAGGGGUACUGAUUUUGACCUCGUCGUUACCAAUGCUCAAACCAAUGAAGAGUAUCUAGAUGAAGCAAUGUUGAUUCCCAAAAACACUUCUGUUCUUAUACGCCGAGUACCAGGACGGCCUCGCAUGCCGAUUGUUACACAACCGGAUGAGCCGAAGGUGGAGGAUAAGGUUGAGAAUGAUCAACCUGCAAAAGCUAACUACUUUGCUGCUGAUUCAUCAGGCUUUGGAGAUUUUGAAGCUUCAGAAUUGGAUGAUGAAUUUGGAAAUGAUCUAUAUGCAACAAUUCCUGAGAUGACACCAGGACAAUCUAGCAAUCCGAUGCAAGAUUUAGUUCCUCCUAGUAAAGCUGACGAGGACAGCAAGCUUAAGGCUUUUAUUGAAAAUUCUGGUUUUGACUGGCAGCGUCAACCUGCUGAUGGAUUUGGAGCUGGGAGAGGGUUUGGAAGAGGUGCAAGGGGUGGUCGAGGUUUUGGUCGAGGUGCUGGUGGUGGUGGUGGUGGUGGUAUGGAGAGGAAAACACCUCCACAAGGCUAUAUCUGUCACAGGUGUAAGGUUCCUGGUCAUUUCAUUCAACACUGCCCAACAAAUGGUGACCCUAAUUUUGACAUUAGGAAAGUGAAACCUCCUACUGGUAUUCCCAAGUCAAUGCUUGUAGCUACACCGGAUGGCUCGUAUGCAUUACCAAGUGGCACAUCUGCGGUGUUGAAACCAAAUGAGGCUGCCUUUGAGAGAGAAAUUGAAGGGUUACCUUCUACUCGUUCUGUUGGAGAACUUCCACCAGAGCUACAUUGCCCUCUGUGCAAGGAAGUGAUGAAAGAUGCUGUGUUAACCAGCAAGUGUUGUUUCAACAGUUUCUGUGAUAAAUGUAUAAGGGACUAUAUUAUGUCCAAGUCAAUAUGUGUCUGCGGGGCAAGAGAUAUGCUUGCAGAUGAUCUUCUGCCUAAUAAGACACUCCGGGAUACCAUUAAUCGCAUACUAGAGUCUGGUAAUAGUAGUGCAGAUAAUGCAGGCAGUGCUCUCCAUGUUCAAGAUAUGGAGUCUGCACGCUGUCCGCAGCCUAGGAUUCCAUCGCCUACUCAAUCUGCUGCCUCAAAAGGGGAGCAAAUGCUUCCUCCACGAAUUGAAGGAACUUCAAAUUUGAAGGAGAGUGUUGAUGGUUUUAAGUCCAGCAAUGCUUCUCAGCCACAAGUACAGCCACAUAUCUCAGAGAAAGGGAAGAUUACGAAAGUUCCAGAUGUGUCUGAAGCUACUCAUGAGUCAGCUAGUGCGAAGGAAUUUGCGUCCCAAGGUAGUGCUCUUCCUGUCGAGGAAGAAGUGCAACAAAAGGUAGCUGCUGGCGAAGCAGCAAAGAAAAAAAAGAAGAAGAAGAAGAUGCUUACGCCUGGAUAUGGUCCAGACAUGCAAUGGAUGGGCAUGCCUCCUGGGAUGGAUGGAUAUAUGGGCCCUCCUCCUUUCAAUCCCUGUUGGCCAAACAUGCAGCCUGGAAUGGAUGGAUUCAUGGGCGGCCCUUUUGGUGGCAACAUGCCUUACAAUAUGGGUUAUGGUUUAGGUCCUAUGGAUAUGCCUUUCGGAAAUGUUUUCCCUCCAGAUCCUUUCGGGAAUGUUAUGCCUCCAGAUCCUUUUGGACCACAAGGGUUCAUGAUGCAUGGCAUGCCCCCAAUGCUUCCUCCUCCUCAGAGGGAUCUUGCAGCAGAUUUUGGUAUGGGCAUGAAUGUCAGGCCACCACCAUUGAUGAGUCGAGAAGAAUUUGAGGCUCGGAAGGCUGAAGUAAGAAGAAAGCGAGAAAUGGAAAGGCGGGUUGAGAGCAGGGAGCCACCCAAGGACCGUGAUUAUUGCAGAGAAGUAAACAGCAGCGCCAACCCCCCACCACACAUGAAAUCAAAACCUAUGCAGAGGCCACCACCAGCCAGCAGGUCCCCAAGUGAAGACCGGUACGACCGUGAGAGGGUGAGAGAUUCUGUUGAUCGUGAUCGGGACAGAGAUCGGGACCGUGACCACGACAGCCACCAGCGUAGGACAUCCCAUAGUCACAGGUCUGAACGGGUUUCACCUGAAAGGAGCAGACGUGACCCAGAAGUCCUCCGUCCAACCCUGAAAAGGAAAUCUGAACACAACGAGCGUGACCACAACCGUGAAAGGGACCGCGACCACCGUGAGCGUGAACACAAAUCUGAACGCCAUUCUAAGUCAUCGUCCUCCUCAAAGCCGCUGUCUUCUUCAGAUGUAGUCCCACCGUCAGUGGAUAAGAAACAUAAGGCAAGUGUAUUCUCGAGGAUUAGCUUUCCCGAGGAGGAGCCCAGCAAGAAACGGAAGGUCUCCGCUGAGCCAAAAACCAAGACUAAGACCAAGCAUGUUAGUAAAGAUCAAGAUUCCCACCAACAUAAUAAGGUAGUGGUGUCAAAUUCUACAGGAAAUGGGUACCAUCAUGAUACGGAAAAGAAGAGUGUGGCGGCUAUGGAUUAUGAGUCAAGUGAUGAUGAGCGGCAUUUUAAAAGGAAGCCGUCAAGGUAUGAGCCAUCACCUCCACGAAGAGAGGAGUGGAUGGGUGUAGAGGAGGAAGAUGAUAGGAGGCAUCGCAAGCAUCGGUAGCUCUAAUCAUCGGUACGUUGUUUUAUUGUAUAUGGAAACCAAGAGAGGGAGGCUAGCGAAUUGAUAUCGCGAGCUUAGAAAGUUGAGCAUGCCAAGGAUUGAUUAAUUUUCCUCUCGUUUUGCAUACCGUUGAGUUUGUAACCUUCGUGUACUUUAUUUUCUUUGACGAUUAUGUAAUAAAAACUUGUACCUUUACCUUUCCCAUCUUUUAUUCUUUCAAUAUAAUCCACGCAAUUCUCAUA